AUGCUUCCUCCAUUUAAUAACUCUUCAAGGAAAAUAAGUGGAAGAAAGAUUCUUUCAUUCAGAGCCAUUAAAGUUCCAUUAGUCAUUGCUAUAUUUAUGUUAUUCUUAUUUGAAGUAUCAUAUCUUUUAGAUUAUACGUCUACUAGUCCUAUAAAUAGUGUGCAUCAAUAUGUAUCAUCUAAUGACGCAUCAACUCACAGCACACAUUCCGGAUCAAUUGAUGAUUAUUCCGCUGAAGAAUAUGAGGACGAUAAAGAAGAAGGACAAGUCGCAGCAGUAGUAGUUCCAUCUAACACUGUUAGUGCACCCACCAAUACCAAAUUACCAGGUACUACUACUCCACCACCACCAAAGAAAACCACACCAAAAGAUUUUUGGGAAUCAAUUUUUAAUAUAUUUUCAAUUUAUAAAUUUGAAAAAGAUGAUUUCCCCUUGAUUAAAUUGACUUCUAAAGAAAACCAAUAUAAUCCAAAAGAAAAGACAAGAAAAACUUUCUUAUCAAAAUCAAUAAUUAAAGAUAUUGAAAUGUUAAAACAACAUCAUAGAAAUAUUUUUAAUUCAUUACCAGAUAAAAUACCUGAUUCAGUAUAUGAACCAGAAUCAAAGGGGAUAGUUACAAUUGGUGGAGGAUUCUUCUCCUGGAUGGCAUAUAUUCAAAUAUUACAAUUAAGAAAAAUUGGAUGUGAAUUACCCGUUGAAUUAAUUAUCCCCAAAAUUGAAGAUUUUAAUCGUGAACAAGAUUUUUGUGAAAAUCUAUUACCUAAAUAUAAUGCAAAAUGUAUUGUUGUUCAAGAUAGAUUUGGUGUUGAUGUGGUUAAAGAAUGGGAUUUUGCCAGUUAUCAAUUCAAAGCCGUGGCAUUAGCCAUGUCAAGUUUUCAACAUACGUUAUUAUUAGAUUCAGAUAAUGUUCCAGUGCAAGCUCCUGAUAGAUUAUUUGAAUCAAAAGUAUAUAAAGCAAAUGGAAUGGUAUUAUGGCCAGAUUAUUGGCAAAGAACAAUGAGUCCAGAAUGGCAUGAUAUUAUUGGCAAACCAUAUUCUUUAACUGAAAAAGUUAGAGAUGGUAGAUUCCCCUUGGUUAUUCCUCAAGAAUUAACCCCUGAAGAAGAAGAAAAUACCAAGUUUAAUGACCUAAAGGGAACAUUGGCUGAUUUAUCUACUGAAUCAGGACAAGUCAUGAUUAAUAAAGGUACCCAUGGGAAAGUUGUCUUGAUGACAUUAUAUUACAAUCUUUUUGGUCCCGCACUUUAUUACAAAUUAUUCAGUUUAGGUGCACUUGGAGAAGGUGAUAAAGAUACAUUUGCCGCCGCCGCUCAUGUCUGUGACAAGGAGUAUUAUCAAGUUAAAUCAUAUAUUCAUACCUAUGGAUAUUUUGAUAAUGGAUAUCAUGGAAUGACAAUGGCGCAAAAAGAUCCAGAAGAAGAUUAUCAAACUUAUCUUAGAAUUGAAAAAGAAUAUCGUGAAAAGGGUAAGAAUUGGGACAAAGCUGCAAAAGAUCAAUUUAGUGGGGAUAAUAAGGUUCCUGUGUUUACUUUACAUUGUAAUAUGAAAAAAAUCGAUCCCGCUAGUUAUAUCAAAGAUGAAAGUAUAAGUGAUUUGGAAGCAAAUAGAAUGAAAGUAAGAUUUUAUUCAAAUUUUAAGAUAAAAUUACCAGGAUCCGAUGGAAAAGAAAAAGUACUUGAUUUUGAAAGAACAAGAUGGGAAACUAUUGAAGAAAUUGCCUGUCAACAAAAAGUGAAAUUUAGUAUAUUUAAGGAUCAAAAUAUGGAUAAAAUUUGUACAUAUAUUAGGAAUACCAUUGAAUGGUUAAAGGAAACUGAGAAAAAGUAA